AAAAUUACAAAGAUUGAGAUUCAUUCCGGGAUAUAUAGAAAGGCGUGCGAGAUUGAUUUUAGAAGAUUUUAGAAGAUUUUUUGCUAAUUUUUUCUAAAAUUAUAAUUUACAAGUUCAACAUAUAAGUCGACAUGGCGGCGCAAAUUAUGACGAGGUUGGGGCAGUUGGGCUUGGGUGUGGCCGUGGUGGGUGGAGUGGUCAACUCUGCAUUGUAUAAUGUUGACGGAGGUCACAGAGCUGUAAUUUUCGAUAGAUUCUACGGAGUAAAGCCCGACGUGAUUGGAGAAGGGACACAUUUCUUCGUGCCAUGGGUCCAGCGACCGAUUAUAUUCGACAUCCGCUCCCGCCCUAGAAACGUCCCUUCAAUAACUGGCUCGAAAGAUUUGCAAAAUGUCAACAUUACCCUUCGACUCCUCUUCCGACCCAUUCCCGAUGAGCUGCCAAAGAUUUUCACCACGCUGGGAGUCGAUUAUGAUGAAAGGGUUCUCCCCUCAAUCACAAAUGAAGUCUUAAAGGCUACCGUCGCCCAGUUUGAUGCUGGUGAAUUGAUCACGCAGCGAGAAAUUGUAUCAUCUAAGGUUUCUGAUGCGCUUAAUGAACGUGCGGGACAAUUUGGUAUCAUUCUUGACGAUAUUUCCAUCACACAUCUUACUUUUGGAAAAGAGUUUACUCAAGCAGUCGAAUUGAAGCAAGUAGCGCAACAAGACGCCGAGCGGGCCAGGUUCCUAGUAGAAAAGGCUGAACAGCAAAAGAAAGCUGCUAUCAUUUCCGCUCAGGGUGACUCUCAAGCUGCUAACUUGUUGGCCAACGCUUUCAAGGAUGCUGGCGAAGGCUUGGUCGAAUUGCGACGAGUCGAAGCUGCUGAAGACAUUGCUUAUCAAUUAGCCAAGUCAAGAAAUGUGACUUAUCUCCCGGCCGGACAAAGCACUUUAAUCAAUCUUCCAGCUACAGGCAACAUGAACAAUCCUUCAUAACUUUCAUCUAUAAACAUUGAGUCAUAAAUAACAAAAAGUGUUUCAAGAUCCGGAGUCAGUUCAGUAGUGCAUUUAUAUUUGACAAAUAAUUUCUUAAAAUAGCUAUAAUACCUCUUUGCAUAUAAAUGUUCGAGUGUUUAAAACUACGUUACAAUCUAGUUGAGUUUAAAGAAAGAAAGAAAAUAAAGGCUGUUAAUUAAUAUGUUAAAGGAA